AAAUUUGAUUUGAUAUUAUAGCUGUUAAAUAAGUCUGGGAAACAGGCGGUUAAUGGCAUGAUGGAUAUUUUCCGCCAUAUGGACAAUCAUAUUAAUACUUUAAAGAGUGAAAAGGAAUUUCUUGCCAGACAGCUUCAAAGAAUAGAAACAAAGACUUACAGUCAUCAAGGUUCAAAAGUUAGGAUGGUUGUAUUUUGUGAAGCAGAUACUCAAACGGAAACAGACGAAGGUUUAUCAUUAUCAAUUUUAAAUGAUUCAUUAAGUAGUAGAAAUAGAGAACUGGAGGAAGAAAAUAUAAAUUUGAAAGAGCGGAUGAAGACCGAGGUAACCCAGACUGGAGGCAACAUCCUUACAAAUGUUGCUUGUAAAGUACUGCUUCCACAAACAAAAAGCGACAAGUAUGUUCCAUCCGGCACAGAAGAACAGAAUAUCCAAGUUUUGCAAGCCGAGUAUGAAAAGCUUGUAAAUGAUAAUGAUAUACUCACUGAGGAGGUUAGAAAAUUAGGCAGUCAGUUGAAUCUGGAGAAAAAGGAACAUAUCUUAACCAAAGAACAUGCAAAACAAAGAAUCGACGACUUAGAGAACCAAACAAAAACCUUACAGGGUCAAUUUAUAAAGUCUGCGACGGAUACAAAUAAAAAGGCACAAUAUAUUGAAGAAUUUCAUGAAAAGACUAAAAAGGACGAGGAAACGAUCAAAUUGUUUAAAAAGGAUAUGGGUGAGAAAAUCAAUAAAAUACAAGAACAAGAAACACGAAUCCAAGACCUCAGUAAUGAAAUAGAACAGAGCAAAACAAUAAUCAACGAUAUAUUAACCGAGACUUCAUCUAAAGAUCAAAAGAAAAAAGCAUUAAAUCUACUUAUCAUUGAGCUUAAAGGAAAGGUUGGUGCAAAUGAAAAGCAGUUGCAGGAUAUGAGAAGAGUCAGCACAAAACAAGAAGAUUGCAAUCAUGAACUCCGUAAUAAAUUAAGAAGUACAGAACAAAAAUUACUUGAUCUUGAAAAUCGUUGGACAGAAAGGGACGCAAAAGUGAAAGAUUUGGAAAAAGAAUUGUCUCAUUUGGAAGAACAAUAUAAAAUAAGAGGUCAGACAAUAGAACAAAAGAAGGCAGAUAUGGCAGACCUGAGGAAUCAAAUACAAGAAAAGGAAUCAGAACUAACCCUAAAUAAACUACAAAUGGAAAAAGAAUCUAAACAGUUAAAAAAUGAACUUUCAUUAGAGGCAGUCAACUUUCAAAAUGAAAAAGUAAAAACUAAGGAUUUGGAGAACAAAGUUUCACAGUUGGAAGAGAACAUAUCAGAUCUCAAACUCACAUAUAAUAAAAUAGAAACUGAUUUAGAAAUCAAAGAGACCAUUGUAGCACAAGAAAAAGUCAAGUUGCAAGAACUGUCAAAUGAUUACGAUUCAUUGUUGGAAAAGUAUGAGUUUUUGAAACAAGAAAAAGAGAAACUUGCAGUGAAACCCAGAAUGAAAAAAAAAUUAAGCUUCCAUAGCGUGUUAAAGCAACCACAAUCUGAUCAAGCUGUCGGUGGUAUCGUAUCACUUCUUCAAACUGAAUCCAAUGAUGCUGAACUAGAAAUCAUACAGGAAUCUAAGAGAAGCAAGAAUGUUCCUUUAUUGGUUGUGUUAUAUAACCUCUCUAGACUGACUGAUGAUGUAAAUGGGGCUCUGAAUGGAGUUGAAGCUACCUCUGACGUUGCUUUGGUUGUUCUCCAUUCGAAAGAAAUCAAGAAACCAAGCGAAAAGAUUCUGACGGAACCAGACUUUAAAAAGUUGGGCAUAAUAGUGGACAUUAGUUUUCUAUCAGCUAAAGGAAUAAUUUCGAACGAUACAACUGAUAAUGCUAUCAAACAACUUUCUGCAUUUAUCAACAAAUUUUAACCGAACUAAAAGCUUCAUACUUAACUCUUGAGUUUUGCUUAAAUCAAUGGCUGGAUAUGCUAAGGUGGAUCCAAUGACUUAAUAUGGUUAGGUUACCCUCUCUGGGUUCCCCUAAAAGCCAAAAAUCUGUUUUGUGGCACAUUUUUCUUUUCUUUGACAAACGUUUUUGCUGAGCCCCUCCACCUUUUAGACGAAAAAUAUAUCACUGGAACUUAUAUUUAAACAUCUAUGAUGGGUGUAUCACGGUGCUUUGCUAUUUAAGAUUCAUAUAUUAUAACCUGUAUGAGGUGCAAUAUUUCAAUUAUAGAUUUAUAAUGUCAUAUUUUAUUGAAAACAGAUGAUUAAAUAUGACCGAGAA